UAGUGGGAAGAGAUCAGUGGGGUUGAUGAACAUUACACCCCUAUCAGGACCUACCAGGUGUGCAAUGUUAUGGAUCAUAGUCAGAAUAAUUGGCUGAGAACAAACUGGGUCCCAAGAAAUUCAGCUCAGAAGAUCUAUGUGGAACUCAAGUUUACACUAAGGGACUGCAAUAGUAUCCCACUGGUUUUGGGAACUUGCAAGGAGACUUUCAACCUCUACUACAUGGAGUCAGAUGAUGAUCACGGGAUCAAAUUCCAAGAACAUCAGUUUACCAAGAUUGACACAAUUGCAGCUGAUGAAAGUUUCACACAGAUGGACCUGGGGGACCGUAUUCUCAAGCUCAACACUGAGGUUCGAGAGGUAGGCCCAGUAAACAGGAAAGGCUUUUAUUUGGCUUUUCAAGAUGUUGGUGCUUGUGUUGCCUUAGUAUCUGUGAGGGUAUACUUUAAAAAGUGCCCUUUUACAGUGAAAAACCUGGCAAUGUUUCCAGAUACAGUACCUAUGGACUCCCAGUCCCUGGUAGAAGUCCGAGGUUCUUGUGUUAAUAAUUCCAAGGAGGAGGAACCACCCAGAAUGUACUGCAGCACAGAAGGGGAGUGGCUGGUGCCCAUUGGCAAGUGCUUGUGCAAUGCUGGGCAUGAAGAAAGGGGCUAUGUUUGCCAAGCUUGUCGACCAGGAUUCUACAAGGCCUUUGCUGGCAAUAUGAAGUGUUUCAAGUGCCCGCCUCAUAGCUCUACCCAGGAGGAUGGUGCCAUGGACUGCAGGUGUGAGAAUAAUUACUUCAGAGCAGACAAAGACCCUCCAUCCAUGGCUUGUACCCGACCUCCAUCUACACCAAGAAAUGUUAUAUCUAAUAUAAACGAGACCUCCGUUAUACUGGACUGGAGUUGGCCCCGAGACACAGGAGGACGGAAAGAUGUGACCUUCAACAUUAUAUGUAAAAAAUGUGGGGGGAGUGUUAAACAAUGUGAGCCAUGCAGCCCCAAUGUUCGCUUCCUGCCACGACAGUUUGGACUAAGCAACACCACAGUGACAGUGGCAGACCUUCUAGCACACACUAACUAUACAUUUGAGAUUGAUGCUGUUAAUGGAGUGUCUUACAUGAGUUCAUCCCCAAGACAGUUUGCUGCAGUCAGCAUAACAACCAAUCAAGCUGCUCCAUCACCUGUCACAAUAAUUAGAAAGGACCGAACAUCUAGAAGCAGUAUCUCCUUGUCUUGGCAAGAACCUGAACAUCCUAAUGGUAUCAUCCUGGACUACGAGGUCAAGUACUAUGAAAAGCAGGAGCAAGAGACAAGUUAUACCAUACUGAGGGCAAAAGGCACAAAUGUUACCAUCAAUGGCCUCAAACCUGAGACUAUUUACAUAUUCCAAAUUCGAGCACGAACAGCAGCUGGAUAUGGGACCAACAGCCGCAAGUUUGAGUUUGAAACUAGUCCAGAUUCUUUCUCCAUUUCCAGCGAGAAUAGCCAGGUUGUCAUGAUAGCCAUUUCAGCUGCGGUAGCAAUUAUUCUUCUGACAGUUGUGGUGUAUGUCUUGAUCGGGAGAUUUUGUGGCUAUAACAAAUCAAAGCAUGGUGCAGAGGAAAAAAGACUUCAUUUUGGGAAUGGACAUUUAAAGCUUCCAGGUCUCAGACCUUAUGUAGAUCCUCAUACAUAUGAAGAUCCUAACCAAGCUGUACAUGAAUUUGCUAAGGAGUUGGAUGCUACCAAUAUAUCCAUUGACAAAGUUGUUGGAGCAGGUGAAUUUGGAGAGGUUUGCAGUGGACGCUUAAAACUUCCUUCCAAAAAAGAGAUUUCAGUAGCCAUCAAAACCCUGAAAGUAGGCUAUACUGAAAAGCAGAGGAGGGACUUCUUGGGAGAAGCAAGCAUCAUGGGACAAUUUGACCACCCCAAUAUCAUUCGGCUUGAAGGAGUUGUUACCAAAAGUAAGCCAGUCAUGAUUGUCACAGAAUAUAUGGAGAAUGGGUCCUUGGACAGCUUCUUACGAAAACACGAUGCCCAAUUUACUGUCAUCCAGCUAGUAGGGAUGCUUCGAGGGAUAGCUUCUGGAAUGAAAUAUUUGUCUGAUAUGGGCUAUGUUCAUCGUGAUCUUGCUGCCCGUAACAUCCUUAUUAACAGCAACCUGGUGUGCAAAGUGUCUGAUUUUGGUCUCUCAAGAGUUCUAGAGGAUGACCCAGAGGCUGCUUAUACAACAAGAGGAGGAAAGAUUCCAAUUAGAUGGACAUCUCCAGAAGCAAUUGCAUAUCGCAAGUUUACAUCAGCCAGCGAUGUAUGGAGUUACGGAAUUGUUCUCUGGGAGGUGAUGUCCUAUGGAGAGAGACCAUACUGGGAGAUGUCCAAUCAGGAUGUAAUUAAAGCUGUGGAUGAAGGCUACCGACUGCCACCUCCCAUGGACUGCCCAGCUGCCUUAUAUCAGCUGAUGCUGGACUGUUGGCAGAAGGACAGAAACAACAGACCCAAGUUUGAGCAGAUUGUCAGCAUUCUGGACAAGCUUAUAAGGAAUCCCAGCAGUCUGAAAAUAAUUACCAAUGCUGCAGCAAGGCCAUCAAACCUUCUCUUGGACCAAAGCAGUGUUGACAUCACUACCUUCCACACAACAGGUGACUGGCUCAACACUGUCCGAACAGGACAGUGCAAGGACAUCUUUACAGGCGUGGAAUAUACUUCAUGUGAUACCAUAGCCAAGAUUUCCACAGAUGACAUGAAGAAGAUUGGUGUCACCGUUGUUGGACCACAAAAGAAGAUCAUCAGUAGUAUUAAAUCUCUAGAAACACAUACCAAGAAUGGUCCUGUUCCUGUGUAGAAGAGCUUAUUGAUGAGAUCUUGACAAAGUGGUUCCUGCCAAUGGUGCAGUGACAGUUGGAGUUAGCAUAUUUCAGCACUGAGAAUAUGGACAGGUUCUAUACCCACAAAGACACUCAAAUAAGAGUAAAAAAUGCCUUAAAAUCAGAGUGAUAGACUUUUUUUUUUUUUUUAUCAUUUGGUGGAUGGUUGGAUGGAUGCUUUUUUUCCCCCUAUAGUAAAUGAGUGAUUAUAUAUUCAGAAAAAAUUCAUUCAAGUCCUUCAGAACAGAACUGUGAAUGAGGAGCCAUUGAACAUAAACUUAUGAUCAUAAGAAUAUAAACUGAAAAUCAUAGUGGACACAUGGGCUAUGUUUGAUAACAGCAGCCUACAUUGAAAAAAAAAAAAAAGACUUGCAGUAUUUUUCUACAUAAAAGAGAUCUGUAACAAGCAAAAUAGAGGAUUUUAUACCUCAAUCUGAUCAUAUUGACUACCUUGCCAUUCUAAUACUUUCAUAUGUUUAAAAAAAUACAAAAUAAAGUUUGUAGAGGGUUUUAAGUAAUACUUUACAAAUGUUUUCCUGGCCUUAUGUUAGAUUCCCGAAGUAUGUUCAUAAAAAAGCAUCAAUUUUUGAAAAAAAUAUUUAUUUUUUUGCAUUUUUAUUGUUUUAUAUUUAUGUUUUGAUGUUUAAAUUGGAAUUGUUACUGCCGAGUGCCAAAUGCUUCCUCAAAAUGUCAAUAUUAGGGAACAUAACUAACUAGACAAAUAGUAAUACCGGUUAGUUUCUACAUUUAUGGAACAUCCACUCCUCUUCUUUACAAACAUAUAUAUGUGUUUAUCUAAGAAGGAAAAAUAUAAACUAUUUUCCAAUAUGUGCAUUAAAAUAAGUCCUGAGAAUUCAAGCAUUUUGUCUCUCAAUUUAUCAAGGUAUGUUAAGCACCUAGCUUAGUGCGUUA